ACCUUCCUCUCCCAGUUAAGUAGAGGUCUGCUUAGGCUCCUGCGCGCGGCGGGUUACUGUGAACGAAGUGCUGCUGGGGUCCACUGGAGUUGCUGCAAUCCCGAGAGUUCUUGAAGCAGAGGCGUGGGAAUCAGAGGGAACUUCGGCUCCGGGAGCCAUGGCAAAAUACUCCACAAGGCUGAAGAGCAGACAGAUUUAUUCAUGGAUUGGCAAGCCUUUGCUGGAUCGAAAGCAACAUUGUCAAACUUACAAAGAAAUGAGUGUGAAAAUGACAGGUUGUUCAACUGAAAUUCACAUCCAAGUUGGGCAGUUUGUACUCAUCAAAGGGGAUGAUGAUGAAAAUCCUUAUGUUGCUAAAUUGGUUUCGUUGUUUGAAGAUGAUUCUGAACCUCAUUUUAAGAAACAUGCACAAGUACAGUGGUUUAUCCGAUUCUGUGAAGUUCCUGUCAAUAAACAGCACUUGCUAGGCCGCAAGCCUGAUGCACAGGAGAUAUUCUGGUAUAAUUGCCCUGACUGUCAGAGCAACAUUAAUGCCGAGACCAUCAUCAGCCCUGUGCAGGUAGUAGCUUUAGCCCCUGAUGAAGUGAUACCUAAGAGUCUGAAAAACGAGAAGACUCUCUUUGUCAAACUCUCUUGGAAUGAGAAGAAAUUCACACCACUAUCUCCUGAACUAUUUGCAAAGCUGGAUAAUCUACAGGAAUACCACAGUAAAUGUCAGAAGUCUGUGGAAACCAAGACUAAUGGCAUAGAAAGCCCUUCCUGGACCACAACAGAGCAUGUGGCUAAAAGGAUUGAAUCAAAACAUUCUACCUCCAAAUCCCGCCAUGCUCCUACUCAUGGAAUAACCCCAAGGGCAAGGAAGAAGCUGGAGCUAGACAGUUGCCCUAGGACACCCAACACUAGGAAUUCCCAUCAGACUUCACAGAUUUCACUGGAGUCUCCAGGACGAACUAAACGGAAAGUGAACUGCUCUGAGGUGACUUCACCUUCUAAGAGAUGUCAACCUGACGAACACCUGGCUUUGUCUCCACUUCCGAAAGACUCACAAAAACCUGGAGGCAUUGAACACUCUUGUACGGAGGAUGACAAGAAUGCUUCAUCUGAGUGUCACAGGGCUCUGAGAACUCGAGUUCCAGCUUUGACAGCUACAGACAUUGUUAAGGAAACAACAAUUACUCCUGUCAGGGGACAACAGAAAUCCUCAGUGGUGCCUUCUGUGACUCUGACACCAGAAAUCAUCAAAAAGAGGGAAACAAAAGAAACUGAAGCUCAGAAUGAUGCUACCCCUACUCCCCACCGCACCCACCGAAAGACUUCUCUCUUGACUUUGAGUCGGAUUAGGCAACAGCUUAGGUUUUUAGGUAAUGCAAAAGAUGACCAAAAAGAGCAAGAUUUCCUGCCUACUGCAGAGAUCUCAGACUCUGACAGUGAGGAGGAGGAGGCGUCGGUGUCCACACCACCCCUUCGUAGGAGGACUGCAAGUAGUGUGUCCAGGAAUCUCCAUUCUUCCUUAAAGUCGUCCUUGCAGACCCCUUCCAAAACACCGAAGAAAACUCGCAAUCCUAGAACACCACGUCAGGCCACGCCCCAGAUUCGCAGCCGAAACCUGGCUGCCCAGGAGCCAACCAAUGUGCUGGAGGAGGCUCGGUUGAGGCUGCAUGUUUCUGUUGUGCCUGAGUCUCUUCCCUGUCGGGAACAGGAAUUUCAAGACAUCUACAAUUUUGUGGAAAGCAAACUCCUUGACCAUACUGGAGGGUGCAUGUACAUCUCAGGGGUCCCUGGGACAGGGAAAACUGCUACUGUACACGAGGUGAUACACUGCCUGCAGCAGGCGGCCCAAACAAAUGACGUACCUCCCUUUCAGUACAUUGAGGUCAAUGGAAUGAAGCUGACAGAGCCCCACCAAGUUUAUGUGCAAAUAUUGCAGAAGUUAACAGGCCAAAAGGCAACAGCUAACCAUGCUGCAGAAUUGCUGGCAAAGAGAUUCCGUACCAGGGGGUCCUCUCAGGAAACCACUGUAUUGCUCGUGGAUGAGCUUGACCUUCUCUGGACUCAGAAACAAGACGUAAUGUACAAUCUCUUUGAUUGGCCUACACACAAGGAGGCCCGACUUGUGGUCCUGACCAUUGCCAACACCAUGGACCUGCCAGAACGCAUCAUGAUGAACCGGGUGUCAAGCCGACUGGGUCUUACCAGGAUGUCCUUCCAGCCUUAUACUCAUAGCCAAUUGCAGCAGAUCCUAUUGUCUCGACUGAAAAAUUUAAAGGCCUUUGAGAGUGAUGCCAUCCAGUUGGUAGCCAGGAAGGUAGCAGCCCUCUCUGGAGAUGCACGACGCUGCCUAGACAUUUGUAGGCGUGCCACAGAGAUCUGUGAAUUCUGCGAGAAACCCAACUCCUCUGGCCUAGUCACUGUAGCCCACUUACUGGAAGCAGUUGAUGAGAUGUUUUCAUCUUCAUACAUCACUGCCAUCAAAAAUUGCUCUGUCCUGGAACAGAACUUCCUGAGAGCCAUCCUUGCAGAGUUUCGUAGAUCAGGACUGGAAGAAGCAACAUUUCAACAGAUUUACACUCAACAUGUGGCCUUAUGCAGAAUGGAGGGACUGCCAUACCCCACCAUGUCUGAGACCAUGGCUGUGUGUUCUCAUCUGGGUGCCUGCCGCCUGCUGCUUGUAGAGCCCAGUAGGAACGACCUGCUUCUUCGUGUGCGCCUCAAUGUCAGCCAGGAUGACGUUCUGUACGCGCUCAGAGAGUGAAGGACUUCACACAGAAGGCUGGUGGCCUGCUGUUUGUCAAGAGCACAUGGGACUGUUGGAGAAGAGGAGCCUGAAUAGAAGUGAAUGUCAUGUUUUGUGCUGUCUAUUCAAUAACUGACUUUCCCUGGGUGUUUAUAAAAUUCAUAAAGACAAACUAUCCUGUACCAGAUGCCCUCUCA